AAAAUAAUAUAAACUCAAAAAAUUCAAUUCGUCGUACACUUUCCACUAAGAGAAAACAACGUCGUGAUAUUACUGAACAUUUAGUUACAUUAUCCGAGGCUCAUUUAAUAGUAAAAUUAUGUAUUGAACAAAUAACUCUAAGAGGUUUGACUGAACGUUUUAUCUUUAAACCAAUUAGAAUUGGUGAUAGUGCUGACGAAAUAAGAUAUUUGAUAAAUUUGGCUGGUAUGAGAUGUACCUUGAGAAAUUGUAAACAAAUCAUCAUUCCUUUUGAUUAUUAUGAAGGUUUUAUCAAAUUCGAAUUAGAAUGGGAAUUUGAUUCGAAAAAAGGUUUAUUCAAUCAAUUUAUAUCUUAUUUGCCAAAAUACACCCAAGGAAUAAUCAUUCUACUAUUUGAUCUUUUUUCAAAAGUAAUUAUUUAUUCUCAUAUCAACAAAAUGUCUCCAGAACGCUUAUUAAAAUCAAUGGCUCUUUCAAUAUUAGGCGAUAGCACUAAAACUUUUGAUAAUUUUCAUGAUGCAUAUAAAGAAUGGUUAAAAUGUUCAAAUGCUUGCAUUCAUUUAUUCUUGGCUUAUCUAAGAGAACAAGGAUAUAGUACAAAUUUACAUCCUAAAUUAUGUGCUUUAUUGGAAAACUAUGUAGAAUAUAGAAUUAAAACUAUCAAGGAAAAAGAUUUCAUGCACCCAUUGAUUGAUGCCAGUAUUACCGAUGAUGAGAAAAAUAAAUUUUUAUCGAAAAAACAAACUCACAUCUUAUUUAAAGAACCUGAUUCCAUCACUCUAAGUCAUCAAUCAAGUGUUACGAGAAAUUACUCAAUAAAUAAAAACAAUUUUGACGAAUCUUUUGAAGAAGUACUUCCUGAAAUUGUUGAAUCUUUAAAUACAUAUAGAAAACAUCAUGACGAUUUACUAAAACAUUCAACUGUAGAUCAAAAAUGGGUUGAACUUUAUAACAAAGGAGUAAAUUAUAUGUCUGAAGAUGCUUUAAAAUUAUUUUUUGCCUAUGAUGAACAUCAUUCAUCACAUUCAAAACCAUCUGAAUCAUUGCCAACUGAUAAUCAAUCCUAUCAACAUGAAUUGAUACCAAACUCUUUCAGUAAAAAAGGGAUUAAAGAAGAUUUUGAUGAUAAUGUUGAUAGUUCUGACAAGCUUAGUUUAUCAUCAACUUUAGGUAAAAAAACAAUCAAUCAGUGCACAACCACAACCCCUUCAAAUUCAAUUGAUCAUAUUGAUUACUCUUCUAGAUCUUUACCUCAAUCUGAACUAAAACUCUCAAAUAAAACCACUGUAUCAUUUUUAUGUGUCAAACGUAGACCACAAUCAACCACUUCUUCAAUAUCUUAUAAAUAUGAAAGUGAAGAUUGGGAGGAUUGGUAUGUGAUUGAUCGUGUGAUAAAGUUGCCAAUUAAUGGCCAUUUAAUUGUUGAAACUAUAGAUGAUAUAUUCCCAUAUAUUUGGAUAGAAGUGAAUAUCCAUCCUUCAACAGAAAAUAGUGAUAAAGAUUCUAUUUUAAAUGAAAAUUUUGGUGAAUGGAUUCUUAUUGAGCCUAAAUCCACUUUAAUGGAAUAUGAAAAUAAUGAUUGGAUUUUGAUCAAAGAAAAACAUAAAUUUUUACAAGAUCUGGAACAACAACAGCAAGAAAUCAUGAGAGAAAAACUUUUGAAAAAACAAGAAGAAUUAGAUAAAUCUAGACUGCAUGGUCGUAAAACUCAUAGUAGAAUGAGUUCAUUUAGUAUACCUUGGGUUUCUAGAAAAAACUCUCUUAAGCAUCACAAUGAUACAACAAAUUCAACUUCAAUCUUCAAAAACCAAAUUCGUGUAGUGGAAACAAAUGACAAAGAUAACAUUAAAACAAAUGAAACAAUUUCAGAUAUUGAAAAUAUUGAAAAACAACCACAAAAAAUACUAAAUGAGACUGCAGUACAAAUGUAUAAUAAUGACUAUAAGAAUGAUAUCAAUAACAAUAUAGAUUACCAAAGUGGGGUGAUAGAAGGUGAUAAUUAUUAUUAUGAUGAAAUGGAAGGCAGUUAUAGUGAAUAUGAUGAUGAAAGUGAUUAUUAUAAUUAUGAAAAUGGUUACUAUUAUUAUGAUGAGAAUGGUUAUUAUUAUGAUGAGAAUGGUUACUAUUAUGAUGAGAAUGGUUAUUAUUAUGAUGAGAAUGGUUAUUAUUAUGAUGAGAAUGGUUAUUAUUAUGAUGAGAAUGGUUAUUAUUAUGAUGAGAAUGGUUAUUAUUAUGAUGAUUACACUGGUCAAUAUUAUGGGCCAAAUCAACCUACAAAUUAUUACUAUCAACAACCUCAACCAACAGCCAUGCCACCAGGACAGGGACCAAUGAUGUUUAAUAAUCCACAAUUAUCACAACAACAACAAGCUUUAAUUCCUAUUUCAAAAUCACAAGAAUUAAAACCAAAGUUAAAGUUAUUAGAAUCAUCUGAACAAAUUAGACAGAGAGAAGAGCAAGAACAAAAUAGUAAAGAUGAUUUACAAAAUCAAACGCCACAAAUGUCACAACAGAAUAUGAUGUUAAAGCCAAUAAAAAGACCAAUGAAACCAUUUGGACCUUCACUCCCACCAAAUUUCAGAAGACCAAAUACAAAAGAUGACAAUAAUAACGAAAAUAAGUCAUCUAGUCCAAUUAUGAAGCCACCAAGGAUUAAAAAAUUUUUAACUCCAGAACAAAGACAAAAAUUACCAAGAAUACCAAGAAUACCAAAUCCAAACAUCUUUUUACAUCAACCACAACAGCCACCACAUAUCUUAAAUCCUCCUUAUUAUACACCACAUAGUGGUAAACCAAUUCGUAUACCAAAUUCAAAUUUCAAUCCUAAUAUGCCAUUAAAAGGUAAAGGUAAAUUAAAUCUUGAUAGUGAUCCUAAUAAUAGUGUAAAUACAACACUAAAUUGA